CUCCAGAGAAGUUACUCGAACCAACUCAAAAAUGCCUUAUGGAGAGGGAAGUAUUAACCCGGCUGGAGCUGGAGGCGACUUGACCAAGGAGAACGCAAACUCCGAUGCCUCCUUGAACGGGCCCGCCCCGUUCGCUGCCUGCCGCAAGCCCCGUCCGGACGCUAACUCCUUGAAUGUCCGGCAGUAUCUGGACCAGACAGUGGCCCCCAUUCUGCUCCACGGACUCCAGGCUCUGGCCAAGGACAGGCCCAGCGAUCCUGUGAGCUACCUGGCCACCUACUUGCUGAAGAACAAGAACAGAUGCGACGAGGUUAAUCCAGAGGAGGAGUAAUUAUGGAAUGAUCCACAAACACAAUAUUAGGCCCCUAACAAGUUUCGAGUUUAUUUUCCUGUCCGAUUUCUGUCAAACACCGAUGUACGCUAAUUUUUUUGUCAUCUAUUUUUUGCACUCUCCACUUGUACACAAUUUAUCGCUGAUUAAUGCUGGCUAAAAUAAAUGCAUAAAAAAAAACCAA